AUGCGGGCUCAGAAGAAACCCGCUGCCUUGCUUCUGUUGCUGUUUGCAAUAGACGCCCUUCAUGCUAGCAGACGGAAGCAAAAGGACAAACUUAUUCAAACUACUACAAACAUAUGUGACAUAAGUGAUCGAGAUUCAAAGAUACAUUGCUACUGCGAUCAUAGUCAAGAAAUAAACGAAGCUGUUAAAACAGAAUGCUGGGUAUUCAAUGGAGGCAUAGAAAAAUCUGAUUCAUUAUGGUCUAGUUUUAUUUCUCAGUCGAAUAUUGAGAAUUUAGCCUUUAAUGUAAGAGCUGAUGGUGGACUAAGCUUUGUGCCUACUAAUGUUUUGAAAUACCUUCGAAAGUUGCGCAAUUUCAGCGUCAAAUUUAGUUCCAUUAAGAAUAUUGAAAGUUACUCCUUUGUCAAUUUAACGACCGUACAAGAAAUGACCUUAACGAAAAAUCAAAUUGUAACUUUAAGCAAAUAUGCGUUUUUCAAUUUACCGAACUUAACUAUUCUUACUUUAGACGAGAAUAGAAUAAACAAACUAGUUACAGAAACAUUUUAUGAAUUACCUAGUCUAGAAAAAUUAUAUUUAACAAGUAAUAAUAUAAGUGUUAUUGAAGGUGGAACCUUUAAACACUUAGUGAAUUUGUUAGAAUUAGAAUUGGACAGAAAUAAUAUAAGUGAACUCAAAAAAGAGUGCUUCAACGGAUUAGCUAAUCUUAAGCGCUUAGACUUGCGAAGAAACAAUUUGUCCAUUUUAAACUCGUUCACCUUUACAGAGUUAUGGAACCUGCAGGAAUUGUUGUUAGAUUACAACGAAAUAUACAUUUUAGCGCAAAGAACAUUUGACGGAUUAUCGCAGUUAAAAAAGUUAAGCUUAAGUCACAACAAACUUGUAAGUUUAAUAAAUGGAUUGUUCGAAGGUGUACGGGGUCUUUCGGCAUUAGAUUUAAGACACAAUAAAUUGAAAAAAUUCACAUUUGAUAACGUAAGGCCCAUAUAUGAUAAUCUGAAGAAACAAAAGAGUUUUAUUUAUUUAGAAGGAAAUGAAUUUGAUUGUGACUGUCACUUAGCAUGGAUGCACAAGUUACGUCAUGAAGCAAGAAGCAUUAAAGUGAGAACCGCUUUAGAAAAUUUUGUGUGCAAAUUCAACGCUGAUCCAUCGAUAAAUGUGCAUCUUACUUUUUAUGAAAAAAGUGUUAUUGAAAGUAACAAUCUUUUUGAAGAUGAUAAGAAUCAUGACAAAGAUUAUAAAGAUAAUUUAGAUGAUUUAUUUCAAGAUGAAACAGAAGAAGAAUUCGUUGAAGAGCCAAAAAUAAUUAGAAAAGAAAAUGAGAAAACUUUAUUGCAAAUUCCUGUAGAAUUAUUGCCUUGUCCCGCAGCCACAAAAAGUGUAACUGAUAAAACAUAUACCUAUCCCUCACAAAAUGAAGCAAAAGAUUACAGAAAUUUAAUAAUUACAUCAAAUUCCUACAAAGCCUGUGCAACAAUUUUUCCAUUUGUAUUUUUAGUACUGUUACAUCUGAAAGGUCUCUACUAA